UUUAUUUAAUUAUUCAUCCACGGGUAGUCUCACAAUCGUACAGUAUUUGUCAUGUAAUAGAAGCAUUAAUGAAAGUCAUCCAAGACUAAAACAUCCAACUGGAUUGUAUCGUUUGCUGAUAAAUCGGUUUUUAGCUCUAUAUGAUUAACUGUUCUGUGUUUAGAAAAAAUCAUGCCGUUCGAUUGCACUCGAAAAGCUACUAAUAACCACCCUCUUGAAGUCCAUUGUAAAUGUGCGCGUAGAAACGUGAUUUUGUCACGACCGAUUAGUUGGUAGACUUGAAGUGAGCAAAGGUACGUCUUGUGAGCACUUCGAUCUACAGCAUCUUUGUUUUGAAGGGGGUAGGGUGAUGGCGGCUGCAAGGAUUGUGUGGGAACAAGUGAAAUAACUGACAUCUGACGCAUGGUGUUUGUGUGGGUGGAACUUGGGAGUUGGUGUUUACCACGGACAUUACCUUCGUGACAUUCACUGAUUAAGUGUUCGAAGCGGAGGCUCUGUAACCAUGCUGACUGCUCGCGCACGUCGAUUCCUAUCCAAAAUAUUCAUCUGUGGUGUUCAGUUCACUUGUGAUUGAGUGCAAUAACGAAAGAUAUUAGGUGACUGUGUUUUUUGCAGUCUUCCAAACGACACGGUGAAUCUAUAGCAUCUAGCACGGACUCUAGAAGUGGCGGUCUUUAACCUGGGGGAAACUGAUUUUGACGCACUGAUAAUUAAACUGGUAAAAUGUCAGACGACGAGGAUAAGCCACCAGCACCUCCUGUUAGACUGACAAGCAAUAGGGGCGAUUCCACUCCGAAUUUACCGGUAGAUAUGCGACCCCUUCCGAAAGAACCAGACUCUGAAGACAGGAAGAAAAAAAUGUUGAAAGGAAAGAUCAAGCAAAAAGCUAAGGAAAACGAGAAACCUAAUAUAUCAUACCCAACGAACUUUGAACAUACAGUGCAUGUGGGAUUUGAUGCAGUUACAGGCGAGUUUACGGGUAUGCCAGAAGCAUGGGCAAGGUUACUGAUGAGUUCAAACAUCAGCAAACAGGAGCAGAAGAGCAACCCACAAGCUGUGUUAGAUGUUCUCAACUGGUUUGAUAACUCAAGCAAAGAAACCAAGGGUUCAAAGUACAUGACAACAACUAAAAUGGUUGCAACAGCUGAAUUAGCGCCAUCCCCAAGACCCAGUUUGCGGCAAGUGACUACGCAAUCUGGGUCAAGUCAUAGCCAGCAUAGCCUCAGCCAGCCCUCUAGUAGCAGCCCUUCAUCAACAACACCAGAUACAGAGGGAGGAGGAAAUGUCACUUCGGCCCCAACCAGCAGCGAGGUGGAUGAAGAACCUCCACCUCCACCUGUUGCUGCUCGACCAGAACGUACAAAAUCUAUAUACACCAAACCAAUAGAAGAGGAAACAACAGCAGCCCCAGCAGCUACAACAACAGCGACUACAACCACAUCAGUGGCUGCUGCACCACGCACAACAAAUGGCACACUGGACAAGAAUAGGAAUAAUAACGUCAGUGUAGGUGCUGGUGUAGAUGCAAGGACACCUAGUGAUAAAGCGCGUAAGAAAAAAAUGAGUGAUGAAGAAAUACUUGAAAAACUGAGAACUAUAGUCAGUGUUGGUGAUCCCAAUAGGAAGUAUACAAAGAUGGAGAAGAUUGGGCAGGGUGCAUCAGGGACGGUGUACACUGCUAUUGAGACUUCCACGGGGAUGGAGGUAGCUAUCAAGCAGAUGAACCUAUCACAACAACCCAAGAAAGAGCUUAUCAUUAAUGAAAUAUUGGUGAUGCGAGAAAACAAACAUCCCAAUGUUGUUAAUUACCUGGACAGUUACCUAGUUGGGGAAGAGCUUUGGGUGGUGAUGGAAUACCUGCCAGGCGGCUCAUUGACAGACGUGGUUACAGAAACUUGUAUGGAUGAAGGACAGAUUGCAUCUGUCUGCAGGGAAGUUCUUCAAGCCUUAGAGUUUCUGCACAGCAAUCAGGUCAUACACCGUGAUAUUAAAUCAGACAAUAUACUGUUAGGUCUGGAUGGCAGUGUUAAACUGACUGACUUCGGAUUUUGUGCUCAAAUCUCACCCGAGCAGUCAAAACGUACAACUAUGGUAGGGACGCCAUACUGGAUGGCUCCAGAAGUUGUAACUAGGAAGCAAUAUGGGCCCAAAGUUGACAUUUGGUCUCUUGGAAUUAUGGCUAUUGAGAUGAUAGAAGGUGAACCUCCUUAUUUAAAUGAGAACCCUCUCCGGGCCUUGUAUCUUAUAGCAACAAAUGGAAAACCUGAGAUAAAGGAGAAAGAAAAACUCUCUCAGAUAUUUCAGGACUUUCUAGAUCAAUGUCUUGAAGUGGAGGUAGAGAAAAGGGCAGCAGCCUCAGAGUUAUUGAAGCAUCCUUUCCUGAAAAUUGCCCGGCCGCUAGCAAGUCUAACACCUCUCAUAAUGGCUGCAAAAGAUGCAGCCAGGAAUCAUUAGAGCUGUAGACCAGGAACACAGCCGUAUGAUGGAACUUGACUUUUGACAUGCAGCGACCACAGAGCUUUAAGUAGAAGCAGUCGAUUGUGUGUUGUGCCACUGGGAACAAUUCUUGCAAUUCUGUGUACCUGGCUUUUUGUGCUGGGUGACAAGGACAUUUUUCACUUAGUGUAAAGUUUUGUUGUGAAUAUUUUUUGGAGAACCCAGUGCUGUGAGGUAUAUAGUCCACAGAGAAAAAUGAAUGUGACCCUCGAUGCAAAAGCUGAUCAUGGGUCUGUGCAGCUAAAUGCAGUUAUUUUACAUAUUUAAAUAGCUUUGCAUCUAGGCCACAUUUUUAUGCUGUGAUGCUGUUGAGAGAGAAUGGACAGUGCUGUAGUCGUGUGAGUAACUAAAAUGUGGAGCACAGAUCACGGGUGUCAGAUGUGUUCUUAUUUUUCUUCUUCCAACCAAAGAGGUGCAUUUAGAUUUAUUAAUGGUCAUAUGCAAGGUGUUUUUUGAAACAGUAAGGCUUCUGACCCAGGUAACAACUUGUUCAUGCUGGGUAAAUCUUUGAUUGGAAUGUUGCGGAGGUGCACUACGUUCUGUAAUCAAUAUUUUAAUGUGUGAAAUGAGAGAGCUGCUAUUUUAAGAGUACCAUUAACAUGUCGGUAACCAUAUUUGAGAUGUAGAUGUGUUAAGUUUCGUAUUCACUGCCUUUUUUUUCUUUACUUUUAAAGAUAAGUUCUUAUUUCCUUGACUAUUUUAGAUUGUAAUUUUGCAGUAAUACUAAAAACCAGUAUUAUAUUAUCUGUGUAGGAAAGGCAUCCCUAAAAGCUAGUAGUGUUACAUAAUUCUAUGAUAACAUUAUAGGAAGUUCAUUUUAUUACGGUUUUAAAUGUUUCUGGACAGUCAUAUCUCCAUCACACACUUCAAUUGUAUACAGAUUUUGGUAAAAGUAACGGAAAAUAGUCAUUCCGUGCUUCUUGGUGAACAACUUAGGGAUGCAACACAAUGACUGAAAAUGUGCCCUAGUCAUUAUCAUCAGCUGAAUUCUGAUGCUAGUACAGAAUUUUAUAAUUUUGACAAUGUGAGUGAAAGAUAAUUGCCAUUGCAUUCAAAAAUAUGUGAACAAUUUGGGACUAUUUUUUGCAAACAGCAAUAAAUGCAAAAUAUUUUUAUAUUUUGUCCUCUUGUGAUUAUAAUUUUUAAGCUGUUUAGACAGAAUGAUAAUAUAAUGUGAAAUGUUUUGCUCCAGAAAAAGAUCAUGUAAUAAACAUGAUAGGAACAGCUAAGAAUGUGAUAUUGACAUUUGUGAUUUCCUUACAGUGUUUCAAAGUCAGCAGUUUGAUUGUGCAGUGUGUGUUGUCUCUAGAUACAUUGGAUGACCAAGAGUGCACACUGUUCCUGCUGACUUGCUACUCUGUUUGAUGUGUUAGAGAAUAUUCACAACAAAAAUAAACAGAAUUUCAUGGCCUGUAAUUUAAUGGUUGCUCUGUAGUUCCCGUUCCUAGCAUUUGCAUGCACAGUACUGCUGUUCUACUUUCAGAAUAUCAUUUAGUGAUAAAGUGACUACCUUCAACUCACUUAAGACUUUAAAGACAAGAGAUGCUUAUUACAAAUAUAGAAAGUGUUCGGAAAGUAAUUAUAAUCAAGAAAAGUUAAUUACAAACAUGUUGUGCUGCUCUCUCUCUCUCUCUCUCUCUCUCUCUCUCUCUCUCUCUCUCUCUCUAAUCACUAGAAAGGCAGAAAUUUAAAAACAGGAGUUUAUCAACCAGAGUUCAUAUACAGUAGGAAAAGUACUUCCAUAACCAAAUUCUGAAUGUAAUUACUGUGGUGUUAGACACUUGUAUUAGUGAACUUGUUUUCUCUUACUACCCUCUACAAAGAUGCUUGCUGUCAUGUCUCUUGCCUUAUGAUGAUAUGUUCUGCAGUUUCUCAUUUGAGCUGAAGUUACAAACACUUUUCAUCCAGAAAAAGGUAGAAGUCCUCAGUGGCCAGUUUGAAUGUAGAAAUUGCACAUGCCUAAAUUGUUCAGGAAUAGCAGUUGCUUCAGCAUCAUGCAGAUAUGUGUGGGAUUGUGGAAGGUAUCACCUAAAGAUAAUCUUCCUCUGUUUUGGAUUUGUUGAAAUUUUAUUGGUGACAUGAAGUGUAUCUUCUGAUUUAUUGUUGUUCCCUUUUUUGUCAAAUUGACUUUUAGGUGACAGGUUGUUUAAGUGUAGCCACAAGACUGUUGGUACUCAAUGUCUUGAAUGUUUGUGGCAUGUGUAAAUAAUUUAUUCACAUUCACUACUGUGAUUGUACUCUGGUGUUGGGAAUUUGAAUGAAAUCCAGAUCCAACCUCCCCCUCGUAGCAUGGAUUAACAUUCACGUGACAGUCUGCUUUGUUAACAGGUUUCAAAAGUACCUUAAUCACAGUGAUAUUAUAGUGAGGAGAAUGUCAUAGAUCUAACUUCGUACUGUGAGUAAGCUCUUGUUGAUACAUUUUUUGAAGAAAAUAUUUAUGCCUGUAAACAAAAGUUGAUCAAAAGAUUGCCACUAUUCAUUCUGUAUCUUAAGAAAUUAAUUUAAUUACUUAAUACCCUUACCUACCUCCCAGUCGUGUUCAUGAUGUAGGGGUUUACCAACAUCUUAUAUCUUUCUCAACUUCCAUUUUAUUGUAAAUUCUUACCAUGUGUAAGGGUAUCAAAAAUGUCUUUAUGGAUGUGUUAACCUUCACAUACAGCAAUACAAUAUUACGAAAGAACACAGAACUUAAGAAAUGUGAACUGAAGCAUAGAACAUAUUGGCUGGAGUAAGUGGGAGACGAAUAACUACUUUAGCUCUGGAAUUCAGUAGUUUUUUCUCAAAGUAAUCUUAAAAAGAAAACAGUUGUACCAUAUAUUUUCAGAAAAUAAUUGUUUUUCUGUUUAUGUAUAUGCUUUAAUUCCAUGAAUGCACAAUCCAUAAGAACACACAACAGGAAUCGUGGAGUUCUACUCAGCAGUCAAUAAAAUUUUCAAUCAAAUCCUGUGGAAGGCAUGCUUCCUGGAUUGGGCUUCUAUAACACAUUAACAAAACUAUGGUAAUAACCCUACUGGCUGAGCGGUGGUCGCUUUUUGUGUAAGGGCUCAUUUCAUUCUCCUAAUAAUGUUGCUAACAAUACAACAUUGUUCAGUGCUUCCUUACAUGACCAAUUAUAUUGCAUUGUUGUGAAUUGGUUGUCAUUUUACUUUCAUUUGUGCUUAUGUUUCAUUGUAUGAAGUGUGAAAAAAAGUCUCCAGAUUAACUCAGUAGCCACUAGGUGCUUGCAGAAAGAAGAAAAAGGUCUUUCAUUUUUUAACUAUUUCCUGAAACUGGAAUUACAUUGUUCGAAUGAAAAUUAGUAGCCCGUGAUUUGAGUCAACGAGUGAGCAUUUAGUUUUAGCACCUAAAAUUUAAGGUGUCUGUUGCAAAUUUCAAUUGUGACAUUUUUUAAAAGUGACAACAGUUUUAUUUCUGCAUAGUUUUGCCAAAGUACCAGUAUUUGUGGUAUGAAAAUCUCAAAUAAUAACAGAGGAAGAUAGUCCUAUUUUCUUGAUUUCAGUAAGUCCAACUUAAGAUUGUGUUGUCUCCAAGACAAACACUAUCAUUAAUGCUUUCUGCUUCAUCUAAGCAAGAACAACAAAUAAAAGUAUUCAUAAAAAUGAAUUGAUUUCAUGUAAAUGUAUAGAUAGGCAAAUUCAUAGCCUCUCUCAUUACACCACAGAUCAUAAGGGGCUGACAGAUGCUGGAUUUCUCUGUGGAACCUGUUUCAAUGAAAUACUAGUGUAUGGAUUAUCUGGAAAAGGAGUAAUUUUAAUCAAAGGAGGGUGAGUAACUUGAAACUCACAAAGUGAAUCCUCUCCUGUUUUUAUUCAAAUUUUCUUCAUACAGAGAUCUGAUCAUGGAUGCCACAGGUAAUUGCUGGGAAAUAUAUGACUGGAUUAGACUUUGUGUACAAGAAAAUACAAAAGGAAAAUGCUAGAAAGAGUCACACCACAUCAGAAAGAAAACUGUAAGGUUGAGACUGAAAUUAACCCAUGCGACCUGGUUCCCUCUUUCCCAUAAGUGCUGUAUCUCUUUCUUAUGUGCUGAAUUUUCUCAACAGAGAAUCCGAUCGUCCAAACAUGAGAAAUUGUUUAAAUAGAUUUAGUGUAAUCCACUUGGUGCUUUUUCUUUCAAUAAUUGUCUUCUUUUGAAGUGAUGUUUGUACAUUGAUUCUCAUGCCUGGUAGCACAGCUUACAGCAAGAACUGGGGGGAAAUCUGUGUGAUGUUGAGAGAUCGAUUUGACAGUUAGUUUUUUAGAAUCAUCGCUAUAGAGAAUAUAGGUUGCAAUUGAUUAUGUGAUAGUAUAAAUUCUCUGGUGCUCGUCUGAAAUGUUAUGCAGCAUUUCAAUAAAAAGCAAGUGAACUGCAAAUUAAGUGAUUAUUAUAACCAAAACAGGACAUAGUACAUCUAGUUUCCUUAACUUUCAACAUGAACAAUGUUGUCCUUACGGAGAGGAGGUGACAUGGUGCAGCUAUCAAACUCAUCCACUUUUCAAUCCUUUCAGUGUACUCUGAAUGCAUAUUUUUUCCCCAACUCCAUUUGCUAUCAUAUUCUUAUUGGAUCUUAUACUGGCAGACAAAACACUGUCUGGUGCUGAUUCCAGUUUAUCCUAUUGAGUCUUAACACUUUCUUAGUUUAAAAUUAUUGUUGCUGUCCUAUCCAUGUCCGAAACUAGGGGUGCAAUAAACAAUGCAGUGUAUGUUUAUGAGUGGUAUAGUGUUCAUAGUGUUAUUGAAACCUUUUCCUUGUUUAAAAGCUUUUUUAAAACUGUUAUUCACCCUAUUUCUAUUUUUAUUCCUCUCUUCAGUUCAUGUUUGUGUUCUGCACUGUUAGAAAUAUGAGCUGUGGUAGAUACUUCACUCAGGAUUCUACCGUGAUACGUAAUAGGUAACUCAGUAAUUGGAUAAAUUGGACCUUGCGAGGUUUUCUGCGAUGCUUGUUCAGAUUCAUAGACCAUGGCCCUUUAUAUUUUGACUUCCGGUUUAUAAAUUUGUUUGUACAGGUAAAUACUGCAACACACACUUACCAACUUAGCUCUCUUUGAGUCCAUGAGAUUUAUUGUUUCUUUGUGAAGUUCUGUCAAAUAGUUUCUUUGUGUUGUCCUGUCGCAUAGUUCCAUCAUUUUAGAUUAGAUUAGAUUCAGUUUUUGUUCCAUAGUCCCAAAAAACGAGAUGAUUCUUGUAGGUGUGGAACAUGUCACAAUUGCGAUCUAUUCGUUGCCACAAGAUGAUGAUCUGUCAUUUUGCUUGAUCAGAUUUCUUAUUUUGCAUCAAAACAUGGUUUACAUUGUUGCAUUAAAUAUUCAUAAAUUUGAAACGCCGAAAUGCUGCAGGAGGCACAGACAUACAUUUGUAUUUUUGAUUAAUGAUGUCAACCCUCUCUGCCAGUUUUAUCAUUAACUAUCCUGGUUGUAUAUUAAACUGUGAACCAGUCUGAUGGCCUUAGCUGUUUUUUCUUCUUUUACCUUACUGCCAUUCACCUUAUCUAAAUUCUUUCAUGUAUUAAUUGGCUAUCGUCAGUAGCCAAGAACUGUUAUUAAAACUGCAGUUUCCCAUUUUUAUUUUUUAUUGCUUUUGGUAUUCAUUUUUCUCCAUCCACUAUUUGAGCAUCCAGUCUUAAUAACUUCAAGUGCUGAGUGUCUGAUGUCAGCAAGUGCCUUUCAAAAGUGAAAUAAGUCCAUUGUAAUUACUUUCUUGUUUAGUGUAAUAUUAUGAUAGUAGUAUCUGAUAUGCUAAAGAUGCUAAUAUUUCUGCACAAGACCAUCUUGGAUGUGAAAGAAACGAUGGUAAUCUGUUGUUUUGUGAGAACAGUACCAUUACACUCAGGUGGCUUGCGAGGAGGUUGUCCCCUUUCCCUCCCUUAUUCUCUCUCUCUCUCUCUCUCUCUCUCUCUCUCUCUCUCUCUCUCUCUCUCUCCCUCCCUAAUUAGUUGCAUGUCACAAUAUCAUAAAAUACAUUAAUAUUCUGUUAUUAUUUUUACUUUAAAUACCUUCUCUGAACUGUCAUAACAACCGUCCAUUCCCUUUUAUAGACUUGUACUUCCCUACAUGUCGUGUUAAAGGAAGAUUUGCAUACACAUUUUUGGUUAUGGAGCUUUUGAUGAUUUAUUUAUCUUUAAAAAGCCUUGCACCACUUUGAAAGCAAAUAGUGGUUCUGUGUGUAAUAUAAUAAAUAAAGCUGGAAAUUUCCUGUUCAAAGUAUGUUGCCUCCUAACACUUUAGUUAUGUAGUGGUGUAAGUUUAACGGUAUUAGGCCUUAACAUAAAUUGUUAUAUUUGCACAGUCCUCUGAAGUUCCAGUAGACAACAUAACAUUAUUAUAUGAAAAUGUAAUGUAAUGUAAUUUUAUGAAUAUGUACAUUGUCAGUAAUUUUGGAGAAUAUUUUCAGCAAUUUUAUAAACUCGUUUGUGUAAAAUAUUGCUUCUAUAUUGGGAGUUGUUGACCUUGCAUGAAAUAAAUGUAAAUUGAGUGUCAGAUGCAUAUGUGAAGUAAUCUAUAGUUUAACACGAACAGUGACUUCCAGUAUUAAUAGUCAGCUCUAUUGUGGUGAAUUUGAUACCAACAAUUUAAUCUUUGAAACUGGUAUGUGAAUUUUAUUCAGUAUUAUUAUUUACAAAGGCGCUGCUCUUCUUCCUUUCCUUCUUAACUGGUAUCACUAGUGAUGUAAGUAUUUCAUUUACAGUGAGAGAAUAAGUGUAAUAUGUUGUAUGUAAAGUAAAGUAAAGUAAUGUAGUAGUGCUCUAAUCCGUGAUCUGUGCACUAUGUCAGGCUGUGCUUGGAGGCAUGCACAUUGUUGGUUAAAAGCUUAAUUCUUAUGUCUUGAUUGUUAAGGGUGGUGUGUUUAAUGACAUGGCCGGGAUGCGAUGAAUAUCUCAAUUUAGAAGGUAAUAAGCUGCUUCUUACACAGAAAUGUACUGAUGUACACUGUAAAGAAUCAAUAUUAUUAUCUUAAGAGUACUAAAGAUAGUAACUUCAUCCACAUUUUGGUAACUAGAUAAAAUAUAUCUUGAUAUUUGCAAACAAUAUGUAUUUCAUGAUAUGCACACACAUUUUUACACAUUGUACCUUUUAUAAUAAUCAAUACAGGAAAAUUUCCAUCCUCUUUGGUAACUGGAACUAUGAUGCGUAAUGAUAAUGCAGUGAAAGUGUAAGUAUUCAUGGUUUUAUCAGGACAUGUAAAUCUAAUUGAUCAGAUGAAAAGUGAAGAUAAUAGGAACAAAUAUUUGGCUUUAAAGUUGCCAAAAAUACAGGGAAUGAGAAGUGAACUUGAAAUUUGAGGUGUUUAACACCAUAUUGUACGCAGUUUAUAUGUGCAUGUUUAGGGGCCCAAGGGAUGAGAUAUAACAAGUGUGCGGUCUGAAGGGAGAUGGAUAAUGUAAAUUAUGUUGUAAACGUGGGGUAAUGAAGUGUAAGGAUAGUUAACAAAAACUGGGAUAAGAUUACCACUCUUUAAACCUCCUAGCUGACACUUCCUACAUCUCGAGUACCCUUGUAUGUUCUUGUGGUGAACUCCCUUGGGCCUUGAAAUGUUACAAUAACAGUGGAAUGUAUAGAAGUAUUUUGUACAAGUUAGCUUGUUGAUUUGGGGGAGGGGAAACUGUGAUGGACCAGGAUGGUUGACUUAUUGCUGACCUUUGAUAGGCAGUGCUCUUCCAGUUCAACACCCAAGUGUGUGCUGCAGGCUGACUGAAACUUUCAACUUGCUGGUGGCUCACUCUAUUUCGUUCUAAACAUUCCGCAGCCAGAAGAACACUAGCUGCAAAGGCAGAUCAAUGUAUGAGCCUCAAUUCAGCCUUGAUCUUAAACUUGUAUGAAUGAUUAUUGCAGUAUGCAGUCCGUCAAUAUGAAAAUGUCAUCUAACAAGCAUAAGUUUAAUAAACAUAGUAUAAGUUAAUUUUUUCUCUGCUGCAGCAUAUGCAUUAGAAUGGACAAUUGUGGAAAUUGGAAGAGUGUGUAGGGAUGGCUCAGAAGACACGCAAUGAGACCCAGACUGGUAUAUGACGUAAUGUUUCAAAAAACUUACGUGUUGCCAAAGUGAAAUAUCCCUUUAUAACAAACAGUAGGCUGUGGGUGAAUUAUUUUCAGCAAUGGAUUGAACCUGAUCUUUCCCAGUAGUUUGUGCAGCAUUUAUCUGUGUGAUGAGAAAUCCACUAUUCUUAAAAAUUUUGGAAAUUGUAUUAUUUGCAUCAUUGUGCUGUCAUUAACUGUUUCAUGGUUCCAUUUGUCAUUUGACAGAAUAGUCUUUCCACAUUCUUCUUUGAAAUUCUUCCAUACUUUAUUUUUGUCUUUCUAUGUGAAUGCACUGGCUCUGAUUCAAUAAAGCAUUGUAUUCAUGUGAGCGAUAUUAAAAUUAGACUUCAGAAAUCUAUAUGAACAUAAAGUUCAAUAAUUGGUUAUUACCUAUUGAAAUAUAUAGUAGAAAAAUCUACUUUUAUAUAUGAUGAUGUGCCAUUAUAUUUUUUAACCUUGUGUGAAACACGGUCUUUCUAAGGGUGAUUUACUUGUGUUCAUUUGCUUUGUGUAACAACCUGUGUGCUAAACAUUUAACACUUCCUGUCAAGCAGUGGUGAAAUUAAUGUUGAAAUAUUUUUGUAAGCUAUGCUGAAGGAAGUUUUGGAAUUAUAGUCAUGAACAACAAUCUUUGGGUUAAGCCACAAGCAAUAACAUAAAGUACCUGUUGGUUGAAAAUUCUUGGUGAAAACACUGUUUGUGUUGUGUAUUGCCAGCUAAUUUUCCAAAUAAUAAAUAUAGCCUGCUUUCAUUUAUCUUAUAUAAUUAUUAAUGCAGUUGUUGUAUGAGGCUUUUGCUCAACACAAGCACAAUUUGUUAACCUCAUUGUACUAUUUUAGGAAACGUUACAGCAAAAACCCAGGCAGUUGCCACUGUAGGACCAUUGAAACUGAUGCCCUAAUUUGGAAAUUUAUUAUAAUUAUUUUCUAAGGAACAAAACACAGCUGCUGCAUAACCCCAAAAACUGUACAACCAUAGCCAUAAAAAAAACCUCUGAUUUGCUUGCUGUUGAGAUUGAUUUAUGAUUAGUAAAAUAUUGCAUGUGUCGAAUUGCUCACACUGCUUGAAGCCUUAGGAAACAUUGUUACAUGAUAAGAUGUUAGGUUGUGCAGGAAGCAAAUGAACGUUAACUCAUCUGUUGAUUUGAGGCAUACUGAUUAUAAAGAUAUUUUAGUAGUCACGAACUGUGGUAAUCUUACCAAGUAGAUACUCAAGUUCAUAACUGAAUGAUCUUGCAGCAUAUUCCUUAUUAAGUGUCAGUUUUUGUGGAAUGUUUCCAUGUUAAGAGGUAGAGACUGCAAAUAUUUAAAGUAAGCAGCAAGGUAAAUAUCUACCAGUCCUUAAUGUAAAAGCACUGUGUUAAUGGGAUUACAAACAUCUAAAAUGACAAUAAGGAUUUUCUUUUUAGAAUAAUGCAGUUGUAUUAUUUGGAAAUUGUUUUGAGGAGAGGUCUGAAAUACAAAUAUUAAGAAUAAUUUGGUUAUUUGUUUGUAGUCUUGAAGUCUAUAAUUGCAGUAUGUAACAUUUGUCUCAUGUAACAUUGCAGUCCUGGCCAGUGUCAUUGCUUGGUCAGAUUCAGUAUAGUUUUGUGCCUCUAAUAAGAUAAGAAAUUCCCUACUAGAAGAAUUUAAUGAUAAUAGAUUAGUUUACUUAAUACAGUUUACAAUGAAUUACAAAAAAUCAGAAUUGUCAGCAGAAUAAUCGAUAAAUUGUCUACUGAAGACACUUUAUAAAGACAACCGCGAAUCUGUACAUAGACAGCAAUAUUUUAAAUUGUUAAUUGCAUUCAGUGCCUGACCAAAGUUUUAAGGCCUCAUUUUAUAAAAAUUUUAUUUGAAUUAAAUAUGUGGUAUUUCAUACUUACGGAAUUCAUAGUGCUAUUUUUUAUUAUAUCACCAUAUUUCUGUUUGUUGUCAGACUUUUCAAUUUAUGACCAAUUAUUUCAAAAUAAGGUUUUGUCAUAGGUUCAUAAUUUUUUUGUGUGUAGAUGCUAUAUUUGCUUCAGAUUUUGAGUAUUUUGAAGUUGAGUCUGAUGGUUUUGUCACAUUGUAACUUAUUUGACAAAAGAAGGCAUGUUAAUACAUUUAUUUAGAUUAUGUAUACUAAGACCAUAUUAUUCAGUUGCUCAUGUGCAUAUUGCACAUGUUUGCUAUCAAUUAACAUGCCUCACAGGUGGUGUGGAUAAUGUUUAUUUAUGUAUGAGUGAAGAGCAUGAUUGAUUUCACAUUUGUUAGAAAAUUUGAUGAGUUAUUGUGUUCUUGUUUUUGUAAGCACAUUGUGUAAGUAAAAGUGGUGAAUGCUGAAAGAGCAAUUGAGAUAUAUUUUCUUUUUUUAAUUGCUACUGACCUUCCACUGAAGAAUGCUCACUGCUUUCUUUGAAUAUCACACUGGAUUUAAUUUUCUUGUUUAAUAUUUUGUUGAUAGUUGGAAAUAAAAUAAAACUUCAAAACAAUUUAUAUGAUGAAAGGUACGUAUUGUUAUAAUGAAAGAAAAAAGACACAUUGUUUAUUUAAAUAGAACAAAAAUAUAUAUUGGAGUUCUAUUUUGGCACAAAUAUUAAUCUCCUGUUUUGCUGAUUCAUAAUUACUACAGUUACUUCUAAGAAUGUUUGAAGCAACAAUACACAAUAGUAUCUGACUGUCUUAAAAGUCUUAAAAUUAUUCUUUAAUUUUGAAAUGAAUGUUGUAGACAUCUGUGCCUUAAGACAGGAGGUAAUUCUUGUUGUAGAGAGUUCAUUAAGUAAAAUUUGUGUCUAAUAAUGAUUUUAGCCAUGGAGACAAGGGCUUAGUAAGUGUAUAAACUGAAAUAAAGAGCUGAUUUCUGCAGGUAUGUUUCAUGUGACUGAAUGUAAGAAUUUUUUGUUGUUUGUCGUGACAUCUUCAGCGUACAUAAAAUCAUCAUAAGCAUAAUACAGUCUCUUCGAUUGUUGAUAAUUUUUGGUUUCUUUCAAUAUCUUAAGAAAAAUAUACUGGAAAAUAAAUUUCAAUUAAUAUUA